UAGAGCCCCGCGCGGGCCCCGCGCCCGAGCCCAGCCGCCGCCGCUGCCCAGCCGCGGGCGCAUCCGCGGGCGCAGCGAUGCAGCGGCCCGGGGAGCCGGGCGCCGUGCGCUUCGGCCCGCCCGAGGGCUGUGCAGAUCACCGGCCACACCGCUACCGAAGCUUCAUGAUCGAGGAAAUCCUCACCGAACCGCCCGGGCCCAAGGGCGCCGCGCCUGCAGCCGCCGCCGCCGCCGCGGGCGAGCUGCUCAAGUUCGGCGUGCAGGCGCUGCUGGCGGCGCGGCCCUUCCACAGCCACCUGGCAGUGCUGAAGGCAGAGCAGGCGGCGGUGUUCAAGUUCCCGCUGGCGCCGCUCGGCUGUUCCGGGUUGGGCUCAGCGCUGCUGGCCGCCGGGCCUGGGUUGCCUGGCGCCGCGGGUGCGCCGCACCUGCCACUGGAGCUGCAGCUCCGCGGGAAGCUGGAGGCCGCAGGCCCUGGUGAGCCGAGCACGAAAGCCAAGAAGGGGCGCCGGAGCCGCACUGUGUUCACCGAGCUGCAGCUGAUGGGCCUGGAGAAACGCUUCGAGAAGCAGAAGUACCUCUCCACGCCCGACAGAAUAGAUCUCGCCGAGUCCUUGGGCCUGAGCCAGUUGCAGGUGAAGACGUGGUAUCAGAAUCGGAGGAUGAAGUGGAAGAAAAUAGUACUGCAGGGCGGCGGCCUGGAGUCCCCUACCAAGCCCAAGGGGCGGCCAAAGAAGAACUCCAUCCCCACAAGCGAGCAACUCUCAGAGCAGGAGCGCGCCAAGGAGGCGGAGAAGCCGGCGGAGGUGCCAGGCGAGCCCAGCGACAGGAGCCGCGAGGAUUGAGCUCGGCAGAGUGCGG